GUAACGCAGUUAUUUCGUUAUAGGAACGUCUUCACGUUCUUCAAACUACGAACGAACGAUCAUUGUGAAAUACCGGAGAGUUUGAUCUGUCACAUCGGUUUAUCCGAACGAAAUCGUUAGUUUCAUUAAAUACAUCAGUGAUUUAACGAUUAGUGUAAAAAUGAGUCUUCCUGUAUCUAAGAAAAGCAAAGAUGAUGCAAACAAAGAAGAAUGCAACAUUGAUAUCUCGAAAGAAGCAAAAAGUAUAAUAGAUCAAAUUCUGGGAAAUGUGAGCAAAAAAUCAGCUACCAAACAGAUUAUUAUUGGCACAACAUCAGGAUGGGUAACCGGCUUCGUGACAAUGAAAGUUGGGAAAAUUGCCGCAUUUGCUGUGGGUGGUGGUAUUAUAAUGUUGCAAAUAGCAGCGCAUCAAGGUUACAUCAAAAUCAAUUGGGACAAGAUUCAGAAAAAAGCUGAGAAGAUUUCAGACAAGGUGGAGGAAAAAGUUACUGGCGAAGGACCAAAGUUUAUGGACAAGGUCGAGAGGUAUGUUGAUAAAAAGUUAGAUAAAGCCGAACAAUUGUUGAAAAAUGGAGAAACUCGUACACGACGUUGGUACCAGUCUGUUACCGGCGAAAAUACAUUCAAAACUACAGAAUUUCAUUUUUUCAUCGCAUCCUUUGUAGCUGGCCUGGCAAUUGGCAUUGUUACUGGUAAUUAGGUUUAAACAAUGCUGCGUUCUGAAUACAAGAAUUAGGUAUGCAUCCUAAAAACAAUAUUAAUGUCGUAAAACUUGAUAAUAAUGAAAGCGAUGAACGAAAUAAAACUAACAAAAUAACAGAAUGUGUAAUGGGAUAUACUAAACAGUUACCAGUACAUAAUAUCUAACAAAUGAAAGUUAUGAUAUACUUUUGUGCCUGAAAUUUUAAUAACGCUUUUCCAUAAAUUAUUUCAAAUUGUUUUUCAUGGAAAAAAGUAUAAAAUGAAGAACAAGUAUAUUUGAAAUCUAUGCUUUUCUAAUUAAAAAAGCUUUUUGUACAUUUUAUAACAUAACGUUAAUACAAAUAUAAGUUGUCGAUGAUAACAUCUGUUUAGUCGUAAAAAUAAAUGCAUUGAUCAAAAAAUAGUAUGCCCAUUCAGAAUGCAGCAAUAAUAAAAAUGCAGUCAUUUUAGUGAUCGUAUCUUUAGGGCAUAGAAAGUAACACAAUCUUCGUCGUAUUAAGCCUACAAUAAGUAUUAAGAAAUAAUAUAGAAUGUAGAGUACCAGUAGUCGCCUUGUUUGAAGUUUCGCGGGGCGACAGGGGGGCAAGGGGAGUCGAACCACCCAUUUAUCUAUCUCGCUCUCUUUCUCACAGGCAGUCCACAUGUGUGUGUGUAACUGCCUCGACGAAUAGCGAGCGAGAGAUCAAUGUGUACGUGUAUCCUUUCUACUUCUCCCGCAUUCCUUCCGCGGGACUUCAACUGAGACGACUACUGUACUUGUCUUUUUGUAUUAUCCUCCAAC